AUGGCCAUCUCCAUCAACACAAACAAUGUUUAUAUUCUAUCUGUGCCCCGCUCUGCAAACGAGAAGUUCCAACUAAAAGACAUUCUCAAAGAACAUUCUUCACUCGUUACAGGUCUUGAUUGGUGCCCCACCUCAAACCAGAUUGUUUCCUGCUCAGCUGACCGUAACGCCUACGUCUGGAAACAUAAUCAGGAAGGAAAAUGGAAGCCCACCCUUGUAGCACUCCAGAUGAACAGAGCUGCUCUGUGCGUACGCUGGUCGCCUCUUGGAAACAAAUUUGCCGUUGGCGCAGGCAGCAAAUUAAUAUCAAUCUGCUUUUUCGAGAUGGAACAAGAUUGGUGGGUGCCAAAGCACAUAAAAAAGCAAAUAAAGUCUUCUGUCACCUGCCUUGAUUGGCAUCCCAACAAUCUGCUCAUUGCAUGCGGUUCGACCGACUAUCGUGUUCGCGUUUUCUCGGCAUUUGUAAAACAAGUGGACAAAGAAGAGGCUGAUUCAUCAUGGGGUGCCAAAAGCCCAUUCCAAACCUGUCUCUACGAGUUCUACGGAGGUCACGGUACGUUAAUUUCCCAUACUGAUUCCAGUUAUGUUGGCAUAUUUAAACAAAAAGGGGUAUAUUUACAAGUUGCAUACCCAAAUUUAUUGGAAGUUAGUACUGUCAAAGCAUGCAAUGCACAAGUUAUCAUUUCGAUGAAUGGUUAA